AGAGAUACAUUUUUGCGAUCGUUCACUCCCGUUCACGAUCGUCGGCCUGUAUCCAUUUCCUCAUCCUAGCUCAGGUGAUCAGCGCGUGUCUAUGGCCUCACACGACGUCGAAGAUGUAGAGAUGGUAGAAACUCGCCCCCGCAAAAAGAUUCGCAGCAGCACAAAACGCAAAUGUGCGACGAGUUCCACUCACCCGCCCAGAGUGCCUCAAUUGUUUGCACCCUUCCGCGCUCUCGGGCUGAUCACAAACCAUAUACCAUUUUAUAUGCAAACCCGUUCUCACAAGGAUGCAACUGAGGGGCCCCGGAUACACAUUUUAACUUGUCUCGGCAGAUCAUGGGCGUUAUGGGAGGGAUGUAAGAUGGGCUUGUUAUUUGUGGGUCCGGAAGUUCAAGAUCCCAUCUCAUGCCUAGUUAUGGAUGGAGACGCUGUUUGGGCAGCAUCGGGUAUGCAUGUAAUCAAAUAUCUCCGAGGCAAGGAGGUUGCACGCGUGUCGAAUCCACUCCGGACCCCCUUAGCAUUUGUUCUUCUAUUUGGUUCUCAGUUGCUUGCAUUGACAGAAGAUGGUGGGCGGAUGCUAAUAUGGGAGGUAUCGACCAAUGAACGAGCCCUCUUCGCAACAAUUCAGUUUGAUAUCGGGUUUACCGCCGCAUCAAUUCUCCAUCCUGCCACAUAUCUGAACAAAGUUCUAGUUGCGAGCAACGAGGGCGAUAUGCAACUUUGGAACAUCCGUACACAGACUUGCAUACACAAGUUUUCUCAUUCUCAAUUGCGCACCUUACCGUCUCAGCCACAUAUGAGUACAUCGUCGAGUCCCAUCACAGCGUUAACGCAGUCCCCUGCUAUUGACGUCGUUGGCGUUGGUUUUAUGUCAGGAGAAAUAUCUGUGUACGACAUUCGUGCUGACGAGCGGCUCAUGAGAUUGUACAUGGACAAUGGGGGAAUUAAAGCUUUAUCUUUCCGAAGUGAUGGUCACCCAAUUCUUGCAUCUGCGUCGUCAUCCGGACAUAUAGCUCUCUGGGACCUGGACUCUGGAGGUCGACUUCUGCAUCUCAUCCGGGGUGCACAUGAUGGUGCUGUCAGUGCACUUGAGUGGGUCCCUGGACAGCCUGUCCUCAUCAGCUCAGGUGAGGAUAACAGUGUCAAGCAAUGGUUGUACGAAUCCCCCACCGCUGUUCCUAGACUUCUGAAAUUCAGAUCCGGCCAUCAUGCACCCCCACAUCUCAUUCGGUUUUAUGGUGAAGAUGGUAAACAACUACUAUCUGCGUCGGCAGACCGUACCCUACGGUGUAUUUCUGUUGUUCGAGACUCAAGGUCAUACGAAAUGUCGCAAGGGUCUCUAGCGCGGAAAGCCACAACUCUAUCAAAACCUCUUGCUUCAUUAAAAUUCCCUCCCAUAACUUCCAUUUCUUAUUCGUCGACGCGAUCCAAGGACUGGGAUGACGUUUUGACUGCACAUACUGACGAAAUGUGUGUGCGGUCUUGGACAGUGCUGAACAAGCGUCUUGGAAAGCACACGUUCAACUCCGCUGAAAGUUCCAAAAGGAAGUCACCCUUAGGUACUGUAAAGUGUGUUUGUGUUACCGCUUGUGGAAACUUCGGUCUUGCGGGCUCUUCAACUGGGGAGAUACACAUGUGGAACAUGCAGUCCGGAUUAAAACGAAAAUCGUUCAAGGUUGGACCUUGCCCUCAGGCUGUAAUCGACCGCCUUGAAUCUUCGUCGACGACGAAACAGAAAGCCAGUGAGCGUGCCAUUACUGGCCUGGCUUCAGAUGCUCUGAACCGGGUCGUCAUUGCCACUACAUCAGAUGGCACUGCUAAUUUCUUCGACUUUCACACAUGCACUUUGGACCAAAUAAUGAUUUUACCAACUUCAGCUAGUUCAAUAAUGUUGCAGCGAGACUCUGGAUUGCUUGCGGUCGUCUGUCACGAUAUGGUCAUUCGAAUCAUUGAUAUUGAGACUCGCAGAAUCGUCAGAGAACUAUCGUGCGGCGACCACGGUCGAAUACUGGACAUUGCGUUUUCGUCAGAUUCGCGCUGGAUAGUGGCCGCAUCGUUGGACUCUGUGAUACGGACGUUUGAUAUACCUACCGGUCAGCUGAUUAAUGCAUUUCGCACGCCUAGUGUCGCGACGAGCAUUGCGUUCUCGCCAGCAAAUGACUUUUUAGCUACUGCCCAUGUCGACAGCGUCGGCAUCUUCCUUUGGGCAAAUCGGUCCCAAUAUGCGGAGGUUGCGUUCCGUGCAAUUUCAGAAGAUAGUAUUGCUGAAGUUGCGCUUCCUUCGAUGCAAGGGUCCGAGGAAGACGAAGCGCUGCAAGCUUUGGAAGCCCUAGGAGUUGAGGAUACACCCCCAGACGUCUUCUCGACGCCAUCUCAAUUAGAUGGAGACCUUGUGACAUUAACGCUGCUUCCUCGCGCACGUUGGCAAACACUGCUAAAUCUGGAGGUCAUUCAGCAACGGAAUAAACCCAAAGAGCCGCCGAAGAAACCCGAGCAUGCACCGUUUUUCUUGCCUACGUUGCCGGGCGUCGAGCACCGUUUUGCGAUCGAGGAGAAGAAGCAAGAAAAGCAGGAUACACACACCCGCAGACUGGACAAACACGCUGCGAGCUCACGAAGCACGUUGCAAAAGUUGCUGGCCGAGCUAGAGAAAAAUGGGGAUUCGACUGACACAUUGUUCGACUACAUCAAGAGCCUUUCGCCGGCGGCAAUUGAUGUAGAGUUGCGCUCGUUAGUUUCGUUCGACAGCCUCCAACAGUUUCUUCGCGCCAUCAAGCGACGCCUGCAGUCUCAUCUUGACUUUGAAGCUGUGCAAACACUACAAAAUGUCGUCCUGCGAAUGCAUGCAGACGUGAUUAUCGAAAGUGAGGAGCUGCGAGCUGAGAUGGAGGAGCUGCUAAAAGUACAGAAGAAAGAGAGUGGGCGGGUGUUGGAUUUACUAGCUUCAUCACUCGGCACACUUGGUUUUGUUCGGUCUACACAAUAGACAAGGUACAAUGACCACAAGUACACGAAAUACACAAGGCAGGCAGGCAGUGGCACCACAAUCAAUGAAA